UCACAUGCUUCUGUUUCUGUUUGAAAGUGAAACUUACGUAUGUUGUAAUAAACAAUGCGAGGCUUUUCGGUUUGUCAUAUGCUAAUCAGCUUCAAAGUGAAAUUAAUUUGGGGCGUGAGAUAUUAAACACUCAUAACGGAAACGAGAUGUAAUUUUUGGUAUAUUUUAAGAAGUUUUAGUGCAGAUUGAACAGAGGUAUAUCUUGCGAAAGUUCUGUAGAUAAAGAACAUACUCCCAUUGGUAAAUAAAGAUAGUAGUUCGAAUGCACUCGGUUAUCAAUAUGGUGGUUUGCUCACUCCUCUAGAGGAAGCGGUUUUACGUGUAUUAAUUUUUCUAUGAAAGUACUUCUGAAGUAGUGAGAUUUUUUUAAAAAGUUUGUAUGGAAAUGGAACCUGCUACAAGUAAUGAAGAACCGGAAAGUCCUAUUUCUCUGAGUCGGUUUAAUCUGAAACCUAUUCCACCCCGCGUUCAACAAACCUGGUUUGGAAAAAUUCGAGCAUUCAACACAUUUUCGGCAUUAGAAUGGACUUAUUUAGCUGUGUCUUUGAUUGCUCUUGCAGCCUCUUUAGGUAUAACAAUUUCCAGGUUAGCUGAAGAAAAACCCAGCGAAAGUGAUUUUACAUUUGCCAUUCUCCUUUUGUUAACAAUAGUAUUUUGUUUCCACUAUGUGACACAUUCUAUUUUUACUGAACGUUGGGAUGAAUUGAUUGUUUUUGUUGUCAGCAACAUCAUUGUGCUGGUGUACUGCAUUGUAAACUACAUUAAUAGUGUCAGGACUACUACAAAACUGGUUCGUUUAUGCCUUAUUUGUGUAUUGGGACCAUUUUUAAUAGUUGUUGGAAUUUUGCAAAGCUUUCGAUAUUGUCGAUCUAACAACUUGAUUUUUAAUACUGUUGGAGGUAUAAGUUCAUUGCAAGAUUCAUGCCGUUUGUUCUACAUAUGUAGUUCUUUAUUGAAGUUUGAUUUGCAACUCCAGCUCAGCAUGUUGAUUCUAGUCAUGGGUAAAGGUGUACUGGAUAUGUCUUUAACUCAAAAAUUGAUUUUAGCUUCUGGGGUUCCUAUAAGCAUCCUCUUUAUUUUGGUCGGAUUCUUAGGAUUGCGGCAUGAAAACAGAGCUGUGAUGAUAGCAUUUUAUAUUUUGGGUUUAUUUGAGCCUGGUUAUAUCAUCUACAAGUUCUAUUAUACUAUUACACAUGAAAAAGAUGUUGAUGCCACUUACGAUGCUACAUUUGUUUGUGGCUAUUUUGCUCUUGUCAUAUGGGUAUUGCUUAUAGUAUCUACAGUGUACUUUGUCAUCUACCAUUUUGGAAAAGGGCUGAAAGAAAAAAUGUUUGAAAAUCGAUCACAAAAGGAGCAUUCACAAAGUGCCAAUACAGUAGCUGAAACCCUCUCUCCUAGUGAAACAACAACUGAUCAAAAUCCUUAAUUAAUCAUAUGUGUUUUUUACAUUGUAUUAUAUUAUUGGUCUCACUUUCAAGGAAAAUAAUCCAAAGUAUUGAAAGAGGCUGUUGUUCAUGUUAUGUGUAUCACCAGUUCUAUAUUUGUGCAUAUAAAAUAUGUUUAAUGUAAUAAUAUUCUGUUUUUAAGAACGUGAAAAUUGGUUGUAUUUCUUAUGAAAUAAUAGUUAGAUAUUUAAUACUCAUGUAUAUUAUGUAUAUUAAAAUUUUGAAUUUUUAAUCAAAAUGAUAUAUUUUUUGCUACUUAAUACCUCUACUUGGCAGUAUUUGUGAAACAACUUAUCUGAGCUUAUAUACAUGUAAAUUACUGAUUGUAAAAUUUUAGCCUUGCAAAGCUCAAGCCAAAUCAUUUGCUCUGAAGUAUGGAAAGAAAAGUUGCAUAUCUUUCUCUUUUUUUAUUGUAGGGAUCUUGAUUUUUUUUGUAAUUAUUAUUGCAGUUUAAGAAUAGUUGAUUUUACAGAAUUAUUGCAUUUUUUUUUCUGAAUUGAAUUUGGUAUUGUUCACUUGAAAAUAUUCAUAUUAAUCAAAUUUUGUAAAUUAAUUGAUUGUCAAGAAUAUAUUCUAACUUGUACGAUAAAUGCUUUUAACAUGCUGAUAAAUUUAAAACCAUUGAUUUAAAAUAUUAUUUGUUGUUAGGUUGUAUAAAAUGUUUAAUAAUGGUUUUUCCCCCUUAAUUUCCUAUGGGUUUCUUUAAGUCUUAAAAUGUUAAUUUUUUAAAAAUGUUUAUUCAAAAUAAAAAAAAGUCCUUUAUUGUAUGAUGGGUUAAAAAUUUUUCUUGUAUAUGAUUAUCCUUAAUUGUGUUUGUAUUUGAAAAAUUUUACAGAAAAAUACAUAUAUUGAUUUGCUGCUUGUUUCCAUUAAUCUAAAUAUCAAAACUGAGAAUUAACACUCAGGGGUUUAUCUCCAUUAUCCACUUUUAUCACUAUUUUAUUAAUUGUACAGUGUGUUCAAAAAUUAAUCACUUUUUAAAGAAUAGUUAUUAAAAAUGUGAAGCAAGUAGUAUUAAAAUAGUGUUUCAAUGUUUUUUUCCAAAAUUCAUUUUUUUAAAGGAAAUUAUUUAUUACUUCAAAAGUUUUAGUACACUUUAACAUGAGAUCAAUUAUUAGUAAGAAAAUGUUGCGAUAACGCUUUAUUAUUAUACGAUACCCAUAGAUAUGUAUGGGCUACUACAAAUUUCAAUAUAGGCAAUCAAACUUAAAAUUAAAGUAUAUAUUAAUAUCAACUGCUUUGACAUAUUUUUAAAACUAUUUUUUUUCUGGAUUGUAUUAUUGAUUAAUUUAUGAUUGCUCUGUAUGUCUUUUUCUGAUUUUUAUAAAUGUGUGUUUGUGUUUUAUAUAUAUAUUUUUUUAAAUUAUGAGACAAAUUUAUUUAUUGUAGUUCAAUUUGUAGUAAAUAAUCUUGCUACAAAUUAAUUACUGUAAAUAAAGUUGCAGUGUUUAAAAAUUGUUUGUAAAAUUUCAGUGAAAAAUACUAUUGCUGAUUUCAAUUUUGAAUUAUUGUUUUGAAUUGUUAGUUCAUCAUUAGCAUAAUUUUAUUGAAGAAAAAGAAAAAUGUAUGUGUAAUUUCACUUAUAGUCAUUUUUCCCCCCUUCUUAUACACCUAGAAUAUGCAAUCUGUGAUGCAAACUUUGCAAAAAUCUUGUUUUUCUCUUUUAAAACAUAUUCUACUUUUCUAUCCAUUUAUAUAUAUAUAUAUAUAUAUUAUUAGUUUUUCAUUUUAAAAUGUACCUGAAUAAAUAUUUAGAAGUUACAGAUUAAAAUAUUUGUCUUUUUUUUUUUUUUUUUUUUUUUUCCCUUUUGGUUGCUACUGAAGAAAUCAUUCAGGGCGUUGUAACAAUUAUAUUAAAAAAUGGAGGUUGAAUAAAUCCACAUCUUAAAUAUAUAAUUUUGUCAAAAUUUUGUGACAAAUAUUUUACCUAAUGAAAGUUGUAAAAAAGCUUGAAGUAACAUAGAAUUAAAUAAAAAAUUUGCUUUUCA